UAACGACAAGCUAAUGAAAAAGGGGUUCGACUGGCAGCAUUGACGAGCCUAGAGACGGAAUUCUUAAAAUCUAAUUCACUCAAAAAAUAUAAAACAGGAUCAAAAGCUCAUAGACAACACUCCAAGCAGGUGGAAGACGCCUCAAUAGGCAGGUCGCGCUUUUAUCAGCCUUCCCUGACAACUAAACCCUGGACAUCAGGUGGAAAUGAGUAUUUACUUCAUUGUAUAACUGCAGACUUUGACUCAGUGUGACCCUGCAGCCAGAUGACUAGUAGACCCCAUCGCUCAACAUGAAGCCUGUCAGCUAUCAAAGCAUGCCAUCAUCUUUGAACAGUGGACAUCCAAACUUGGCCUCGGAUUGUGUGCUAAACACUUCAAAUGUGAUGUAUUGUGAGAAAGGUGGAUUUGGUUCUGCAAACACCGCAGUGUUCAACAAGUCGAUGGUCGAGCACAUUGGGACAAAGUUUCACUGUUUUUAUUGCAGCAGUGUCUCAUUCAGUGAGGCAGAGCUAAGUGCGCACCUGAAGCAACACACCGCAAAGCAUCCAUUCAAAUGUCCUCACUGUGGACAGGGAUAUAUGAGGAGGUUGUGCCUUAUAAAGCACAUCGAUCGUUUACACAGUGAAAGCAUCAGUCAAGGGCCUGCUAAGUCUGGCAUGUCAAAAAUUCCACAUGUCACUGUCUCCAGUGCCUUACCUAGUGUGCCCACUUCUGAUCCAUCACCACUUCGACCAGCUGUUCGGGUAACGGUGCCCACCCCGAAUGCGCCUGCAAUCAGACUGGGUAAAGAUGAUCAGAGGGGGAAAACACUGGACACAAAUAUAUCAAAUGCCACAAAUGGAAAUGCAGAAAUUAAAUCCCAUUUGAAUGGGCUCAUUCAGCACAACAGAGCUCUAACAGUCUCUCUACCGGAGGAAGUAACAAUCCCUGCUGGCUGCUUGGUUGAACUUGUCGAGGUGAAAACUGUCAAUGGGACAAAGGAGCUAAAGCUGAGGCUUGUCUCCCAGCAAGAAAAUGAGUCUAUGAUAAAAGACACAAGGACCACCAUGUCGCAAAAUACUGCACUGGGAAAGCCUUUAUCAUCCACAUUAAAUAGUCCGAACACAGUGAAGUCUGCGAGUAUGGGGAUGUGCACUGUUAACAGAAAACUGUGUGAAACAAAGACAGUGAAUAUGGAGGGUCCCGCUGUUGUCCCCGGCACUGGUUUUAAAAAUCUCCCAAAUCAGGUAAACAAGGAAAAGGCUGGAUUGAAAAGAACAUCACAAGAAAUAAUCAACUUGGAAUCUAACACAGUCAUUCCAAACAAGAUUCCCAAAUGCAUCCUCAACCCUGUAAGAGAAGGAAAUUGUGGGAUCAGAGUUGCACAGAGGGAACCUAUAAAAGUUAAUUUAGCUCCUCCUGCUGUCAUCUCAACCAGGGUUGCCAAUAGGCCGACCACCACCCUGCAUCCAGGCAACAUGGGAACAAGUGUUUCUCAGAGAGCAGUUGAUGAGAGGAAGAAUUUAAUUCCAGAGCUCUCCAAGAGCAUCCCACCUAGGAGGGCAAGUGACACAAAAAGCACUCCACAAGAUGUGUCAGUAGCUGUGAAGCUGGAACCAAGGGAGCUCCACCUCAGGAACAGUACUGCUUCAAAAAUGAUCAAAGAAGCAGUGUGCUUGAACCAGCAAAGUCUGAAAUCAGCUUCUCCUUCACUGAGCAUUCCUUCAGCAGCAGAUGCCCAAGUGAGACCUCCAGCAACUGUAGUCUGCAAGGAUAAUGUUGCUAAUCCAUCUUUCCCAAUAUGCAGAACACUAAGUGAGCCAUCAUCAGUCAAAACACCUGUGCUUUCUAAUUGCACAAAUUCAAAGAUGACUUCUUGGACCCAGGAAGUUCAAUCCAGUGAGAGAGCAGGAGAAGGAGAUAUGCCAGAGCCCGAGAGUUUUCCAGUCAUCUCCUCUGUGUUUUCAUUAAGUCAACAGCCAGAGGAGGUCCAAGGCUCCAUUCAGCCACUGGUAAUGGCUCUGCGUGGCAUAGUGAUGGAUAAAAGUAACAGUUCUGGCAGUACAACUCAAGAUCACACCAAGAUAACAAAUGGCACCGAGCAAAUCAAGGAGGCAACAGCAUCAAGAUACUGGGCUCAGGUAACCACAAAAAGUGGAUCCUUCAUCCGUGACCUUUUAUUGACAGAGCAGACCAGUGAUGUUAUAAAAGUAGAGGAGAAUGAUAAGGGUAUCCAGCACCCUUCUGCACUGACUCGCAACCAUGUCAGUGUCAAGGAGGAAAAAAAGAACACCACAACGAAAGACAAUAAUAAAUGCAGUCACACUCCUGCUUCAAAGUAUUCAUCAGAUGUGGAAUCUGUUUCUGAAAAUGUAGAUGCAUCUGUAACUGCAGAUCCUCUCCAGCCAAUGGAAAAAGAUGAACAUGACGUCUCCUCGAAGUUCCUCACUGUCUGUCUGAAAAGGGUACAGGUUGGUGUGUGGAAAAAAAGCAAGAAAGGAAUCAAACUUAAAAUAUCCAAAUAUAAGACACAGGUACCUAUGGGCAGUGUGACCGAUUGUGCAGUUAUUUACCCGAUGCCGCUGAAGGUGGACCAGUUGGUGAAGCGACCAGGUCCGAAUCAGCCUGUAGUUGUACUCAAUCACCCAAAGCCCCGAGCCCCCAUACAGGGAGCGAGAGCAGACAGUGUUGCUAACACAGGAUCCACUGAGGUGGUUCCAAAGUGCCAGAUCUUAAAAAUGAGGCUGAGCAAAGUGAUGGGGCAGAAAUAUGAGGUGAUGGGCUGCACUGUUAGAGUCUUUCCUUAAAUCUGUCAGACACUGUGUACAUUUAUGAGGACUUAUCUAGUAUUAUGAAGGAAAGAUAAAAAAACUGACACAAUAUUAAGGCAUUUCUUUUUUUUUGGAGCAUAAUAUUUUAAAGACAUCUGAGACUAUACACCUUGUUAUACAGGGGGGCCACGGAAAAGUAGCCCUACCUGUACAGGGCCUUAUAUACCUACUAUUAGAUAGUAUUGGAGGCGGGCUAAUUUGCCAUGGCCCACCCAGUUCUUUUAUUGUUGAUGAUGACAUGGGAUAUACACCAGUCAGCCAUAACAUUAUGACCACCUGCCUAAUACUGUUUACAUAGGGGUCAAUGUGGCAGUUGGUUGGUACUGG